CCCUUUAUACGGCUCCAGCGAUCUCACCUGCUUUACUGUCGCAGACCAAGCUUUUGUGAACACUUGCACCAGUUAAUUUUAGUGCCUUUUGCAGUAAAGCUCCCAUCCUGUGUCAUUCAAAUCUCAAACCACAGUAGCAUGUAUCUAGUAUAUGACUGGCUUUGUGGCUAACCCCACACAAAAUGAGUUUUGGUUUCUCUGAAGCACGAUUGAGGAAAACUACAAAUUGGUUACUGUUGAGUGAACAUUGAUUGCUCAGCGUUAGUACUUAUUUGGAGAACUUCAGAGAGGCAUUCAUUUAUGCACUUUUCUCUCCUUUUGUGUGUGUCAGGGUGCAGAGUUCCUGUAGGUUUGAACUCCCGAUCCGACAUGGUGAUUUUGUAGAAUAAUUGAUAUUUGGUAGUCAGCGCUGUGCUUGAUUCCCACAUCAAAGGACUGCAUUAUUUCGCUGUGAGUGAAACUCUGAAAUGACUCAUCAUUGAUAAUGAUAAGCCGGUGGAAGGAUUUUGGCUCUAUGUGGGUUACAUAACCACACUGUGUAUUUGCACAUGUGCUUUUUGGGACCAUUUUUCAGCAGUGAAUGUAGCACUUUUUUGAUAUUGUGGAUGGUAAAUGAAAUACAUGGUUGGAGUUAGCUGUUGUAUGUUCUUUCAACCCCAUAAACAUUUAUUUUAUCCGUCCGUGUGCUUAAAAAAAGAAUGGAACAUGGUGCGUGUUAAGUCAUGUUCAGGCAGUGGUUUCUCAUGCAAUUUAUAUUCCUCUGUCAUCCAGACGCAGGAUAAUCUAUUGAGCUCUAUGUUUAAGACAGACAUGUGAGUUGAGUUGCUCUGUCGGUGCAGAGCUCACCCUCCCCUUGUGGUCUUAAUGCUCUGAGAGCUGCUGUCCAAUUCUCAGAAAGGAUCAGAGUCAGCAUGCACAGGAAGACAGGUGUGUCUUUGUGGAGAGACAUAUUCUACAUAAAUGGCAGUCACUUGAACUUGCAUAACUGGUAGAACAUAGAUUCAUCUCUGUUUGUCUUUAAUAAUAACUUGGCAAACAUCCUUUAGUCACAUGUAUGUCUUGCGUAUUUACAUUACAGACGAGUGAGAUGAAGUGACAGGAGGAACACAGAAAAAUCAGUUUAGGAUUUAUUCCCAGAGAGCAAUGAACUGAGAAUGAAUUUGACAAGAAUUUAAGAUUGAGUUUACACAGAGCGUCAUUGGAAUGAUUCAGAUUGUAUUGCUGAUGAUUUUGAGCAAGUACAGCUUCUGUUCACUUUGAAUUAAUGUUGGUAUUGAACCCCCAGUAAUAAAAUAUAUGUGAGGGCUGUAGUAAAAGUAAGGCACCACAAAUGAAAACGUUUUUCAUUCGACAUAUACUACUCCAGAAAAAGUAGUAGUUAAAUAAUAAGGCUUAUAAUGUCUGUAGUUGCGUAUUUAUGGAAACAGAGGAGUGUUUUGUGUUGAUAAAACAAAAGCUGUUUGUGAAGACACAGACGAGAGGAUGUUUCCCAUCUCCAAGAAAGGAAGUGUGUUUUUUUUUGUUUCUUGCUCAGGGAGAUUUUCUAUUGAACUACCCGCCCUGGUGCACACUCUCAUUGUGAGGUUGUUUGAGGUCAGCCAACUGUCAGCCAGCGACACCCAGCUCACAUGUAUGCAAAAGUAAAGAAUAUACAAAUGCCAUAAAAGCAAGAUUUAUUUGUUUUAAUACUGGUUUUGUUUUUCAUUGUUUAACUUGCAGAAAACAACGCACAGACAAUAACUGUGCGUUGCUCCGGCUUCAUUGAAAAGUUGAAAUACGGUUUCCUGUGGUUGAAUCUACGUUACAAGCUCCUGAGGUAAUGCACUGUAAAUGGCUUUUCAAGCAAUACACAGAGGUCCGUACAGCAGUUCCAUGUCUGGCGUUCUGCAGGGCAGCAGCCUUCAGAUAAACUGAAUCUGGGAUCUGCCUACACCUCGCAUGCAGACUUGAGAGGAACUCCAAAUGUUCAGCAUCAAAGACACCGAGCCUUUGAUUUAGAAGUUUGACUUUUAAGCAUAUGGAGCAAAACUUGGAACGGAUUUUAUGUCUUUCCGACUGCAUUUCCUACCCUGGACAGCAUGGAUGCUCUUUUUGAAUCGGGUUGAAUAUCAUUCGCCUCAUCCCCUCCUUCCUGUCUCUUCAGUAGAAGGAGGGUGGGGGAUUGGUGUGGCGUCCCCUGCCCCUCCUCGUAGAGUAGGCUAGUCUACCUUGGCACCAUAGCAGUUACUCUUUUUUUUAUUUUAUUUUUUCCCUAACCAACUCCAUCCCUCGAUUCCCUCUUCAUGAAAUCCUGCAAGAGCCUGCGGGAAGAGGUUUCCGUCCCUAGCCUUGGCGGGAUGUCCCAGGAGGAAGGACGCAGGACUCCAGUGUCCCAGUCCUAUUUUCACUCCCCUAACCCAGAUCUGGACCUGGCAGGCAAGCUGUACAAGAGGGAAGUUGGCGGUAAGCCGUAUUCUGUGUUGGUGGACAAUAAAAUGGCAGCCAAGGCAUCCAUGGGAGAUCAGAACAUUGGUCAGAUGCCCACUCAACAGCAGCAUCAGCAGUAUUUCCGAGAGGGAGGAGUAGGGCAGGAGGUGGGGACGCAUGGGUCCCAGGCCGCCAACGACGGCACCUCUGACGACACUGAAGAUGAUGACGACGACGACGACGAGGAAGAAGAGGAUGAAGAUGGGGGGGAGGAGGAGGAGGAGGAGGAGAGCUUCAAGCGUGAGCAGAUCAUUGUCGAGGUCAACCUGAACAACCAGACACUUCAUGUAUCCAAGGGGGAGAGCAAAACUGCAACCACAGCAGAUGACUCUGAAAGAGCUGGCAGUGACGAUGACGACGAGGAAGAGGAGGAGGAAGAGGAGGAGGAGGACAGCCUCGAUGAAGAGGAGGAAGAUGAAGAUGAAGAGGAGAUUGAGAGUCGAAGGACGAGGUCAAAGAGGGCUCGUCGCGGCGCCAGUAGCACAGCAGCUCCCAGCCAGCCGCGGAGGAAAAGCCUCAGAACGGCUCUGAGCACGGCCGCCGCUGGGAUGACCACCAGGGGCCGACGGAAGCGCAUGGAGCCCCCAAAGAGCAAGCGCAGGUCGGCCAGGUCGGCCCCGUCGUCCGCCGGGUCCUUGACGGCCGGAGGGAAAGCGGAGGCGGAGGAGAAGGAGAUGCUGGCGUGUGAAAAGUGCCCCCGAGUGUUCAACACACGCUGGUACCUGGAGAAGCACAUGAAUGUCACUCACAGGCGAAUGCAGAUUUGCGACAAGUGUGGCAAAAAGUUUGUCCUGGAGAGUGAGCUGGCCUUACACCAACAGACGGACUGUGAGAAGAACAUCCAGUGCGUCUCCUGCAACAAGUCUUUUAAGAAGCUGUGGUCACUGCACGAGCACAUUAAGAUUGUGCACGGCUAUGCAGAAAAGAAGUUCUCAUGUGAAAUCUGUGAGAAGAAGUUCUACACGAUGGCUCACGUCCGCAAGCACAUGGUUGCGCACACAAAGGACAUGCCAUUUACCUGUGAGACGUGUGGGAAGUCGUUUAAACGCAGCAUGUCUUUAAAAGUUCACUCACUCCAGCAUUCUGGAGAGAAACCUUUCCGUUGUGAGAACUGUGACGAGCGGUUCCAAUACAAGUACCAGCUGCGCUCCCACAUGAGCAUCCACAUCGGACACAAGCAGUUCAUGUGCCAAUGGUGUGGCAAAGACUUCAACAUGAAACAGUAUUUUGAUGAGCACAUGAAAACGCACACAGGAGAGAAGCCUUUCAUUUGUGAGAUCUGCGGGAAGAGCUUCACCAGCCGGCCCAACAUGAAGCGCCACCGCCGUACUCACACGGGGGAGAAGCCCUACCCCUGCGACGUGUGCGGCCAGCGCUUCCGUUUCUCCAACAUGCUCAAAGCACACAAGGAGAAGUGUUUCCGGGUCACCAGCCCCGUGGUCCUGCAGACCAGCGGCCCACCUGUGCCUGUCCGCAUCUUUGCCAACACCUUCUCGUCCUCUUCCUCCAUCUCUGGUCCCAGUCCCUCCGCUGCCACCGCGGCCUCCACCUCGGCACCCAUGGGCCUCAACCCGACGGGAGGGCCCAUGCCUCCACGAGGCCCCGUGGGACACACGUUCUCCCACGUACAGCUCCAUUCAAACCCCUCUCACCAUCAUCCCCACCCCUCGACCACCCAGCAACACCUCUCAAACACAUCCCAACAUGCCCCGCCUCACCCCCACCACCACCUGGCAGUGCCCCCAGUCUCCCAUCUACCCCUACCCCCACCCCCGGCCCUAUUCAAGAGCGAGCCCUUAAACCACUGUGGGCACGAAGACAGCAGCUACCUGCACCACAUGGCUCCCCCCGACAAGGGCCCCGGAGCCCCACAGCACCACUGAACUGGGCCCCCGGCUCUGCAGGCCCACACCAAACCGCGCCUUGUUCCUCCUCUUCUCAUAGUCCUGCCUCAGUCUCUCAGUUGCAGGGUCCC